AUGGUAACCGCCGGCAUUUCAGUCAACUUACCAUCAACUAUCGGCAGUGAGAAUACUUCAACACCUCUCACUGAGUUCAAAUUGUUUCCAACUUUACCGACGGAACUACGAUUAAUGAUAUUCGAAUGUAUCAUUCCGGCAUCGGAGCUGAUUGAUGUCGAUAUUGAGGUUGUACUCGUGAACGGAGUUAGCACUAUUCGGAUAGCACGUGUUGCAAAGAGACGUAUUAUUUUAUGGGCAGUGGACCACGAGGCAAGAUCGUUUACCGAUAGGAUUCUAGCCAGAAAGAGUCAUAGUCUGACUGAAUCUAAUGCUCAAGGAGAUUUCCCAGUGACAUUCGAGGGAGACGUUGACAUGAUCCGGUUGGGUCCAAUUAGAAAUCGCACCGGCAACCCCCUCGCUCAUGCAAUCAGCAACUCUGCUGUGGGUGGCUCACUCAGCACCCUUUUUGCUCACGCCAGCAACAUCCAAAUAAACUCAGCAGCCCCUCUACAGCAGACAUUAAGACACAGGUUGCACCUUUUGGAGAAUUUCUCAGGGAUAAAGAGAUUCUAUUUUGGCUGGGGAAACGAUCAGGAAAUGCGGAGAUUUCACCUAAGCCCUUCUCGACAUGGAUUCGUCGAUCAAAACUACCUUCGCGUCGAUUAUCCAUUUGCUGCUCUAGUAACAACCUUCCACAGAACACUCGUACAGGCUGCUCAAUCUCAUGGGCUUCAAACUAUUCCAGAAGUCUUUGGUGUCUUGAAGAGUAGAGUCUAG